GUUUCGACUUUGAAACUAAUUAAUUGAAAUAAUUUUAUGACAGCCCAUAUAUAAAUUUAAACCUAAAACGCUUUCAUUUCAUACACAAUAUUGUGUUAUAGUCGUAAAACGGAUAUUAAAACAAAGGAAAACUACUGCUUCUAAUUUAUAUAAAACAAAAACCGCUUUGUUGAUUUAAUUUAUAACAUUAUGAAUUCGCGUAGUUUGCUCAGAGACUAUUGCAAGUAUGCAUACUACACAGGCAUUGGCGACUACUGGUUUGAGCCACUAUACCCUGAAACGGCUUGGUACAGAGUUUGUUUUUACCUAUCUUUUACCAUUUAUUUGUCUCUGAUUUUGUUUGAGAACCUGGCGGCGUGGUUUGGCGAGUUUCCUGACGUGGAGAAGAACUCUUCAGUGAUGUUCGCAGUCAUCCACUCCAUAGUGCUGACGAAGAUGUUCCUGGUGGUGUUCCGCAAGGAAGCCGUGAAGCAGAUUAACAUCGAAAUGGCUAAUGUCGGUUCAGACCUCGAGGAGGCGGCCCUGAUGCGGCGGCAGUACAGCAAGGUGCGCUCCGGCAUCCUGUGCUACAUGCUGUCAGUGUACGCCUCGCUCGGCACCUACGCCGCCGAGAGCGCGAGGAGGAGCAUCGUGGAAGGCACUCCAUUCUACACAGUCGUGACCUACUACCCAAAGUACGAAGACACAUCGACCACAGCUGACGUGUUCCGCGUCUUGUUCUACAUCAUCUGGGUGGUGAUGAUGAUGCCGAUGAUCUUCGCGGACUGCUUCCCGAUCACCCACGUCAUCAUCCUGUCCUUCAAGUUCAUCACCCUCCGCCGACACUUCGAGAGGGUCAGGGAGGUAUUCGAUGAAGACUUGCUGAUGAAGAGAAGUGAUGCCGUGGAGAGAAUGGGAGAUGGGUUUUUGCAAGGAAUUCUUAUGCAUCAGAAAUUAAUAAGACUAACCGACGACAUUCAUCGUAUAUUUGGAAUAAUUAUGUCUCUGCAAGUGUGUGAAAGCUCGGCCGUAGCGGUUCUACUAUUGCUUAGACUUGCUCAAUCCCCUCGCAUGGAGGUGUUCAACGCGUUCAUGACGUACACGUUCGUGGCCUCGCUGUUCUUCCUGCUCGGCCUCAACCUGUGGAACGCGGGCGAGAUGACGCACCAGGCAUCCCUCCUCUCCACGGCGAUGUUCCAGAGCGGCUGGCACCUCGCGCCCGGCCCCGCCGCCCGCGCCGCGCGCCGCCUCGCCCUCGUCGCGUGUGCGCAGGCGCAGAAGCCCCUCGUACUCAAGGCCUUCGGGAUACAGGACCUGUCUUAUGGGACUUUUGUGUCGGUUGCUAAGGCUACGUACUCAGUGGUGGCAGUAUUCUACGAUGGGGGAGCAUAAAAUCAUACAAAAGUGCAAUAAAUUAACACAAAACUGUAAACUUCUUGUUUGUUUGCCUGUUUUUGUUUUGGUACAUGAUCUAGAACUGCUAACCACUAGGCUAUCGUAGUGUUUAGUUCCUUUAUCACAUUAAUUUAAGGUUGUAUUUGUUAUUAUUAUUUUU